AAAACAUCAUUCGUGCAAUCUUCGUGUCCGGUUGGAGUCGUCUCGUGCACGUUGAAGCUUCUCGGCCUAGCUUAGCUUAGCUUAGCUUGCUAACAAAGAGACACGUUUGUGAGCAACACUUCGCUAAGCAGAGAUCAAGCGUCAGUGUUGCGAUCGUCGUGUGAAAAUGUGUGCAAGGAGGACAGCAGAGUACGAGGAGGAACUUUGUGGCCCAAAAGAGGAGAAGGAGCCACAACGUCAACUACUGGACGCUGCGUUCAAUCUGCAGCCUCGAAUUGUGCUACGCAGAGCAGACAUCACUGACGAUCUUCGUACUGACCAGCAGGAGCCAGAGCCCCUUCACAUUAAAGAGGAAGUGGAGGACCAAGAACGCACACUGAGCGGAAAGUGUUGCGAUCGUCGUGUGAAAAUGUGUGCAAGGAGGACAGCAGAGUACGAGGAGGAACUUUGUGGCCCAAAAGAGGAGAAGGAGCCACAACGUCAACUACUGGACGCUGCGUUCAAUCUGCAGCCUCGAAUUGUGCUACACAGAGCAGACGUCAGUGAAAAUCUUCAUCCUGAGCGGCAGCAGUCAGUGUCCCCUCACAUCAAAGAGGAAGAGGAGGAUGAAGAGGUUCAACACAUCAAAGAGGAGGAGGAAGAGUUCCUUCACAUUAAAGAGGAAGAGCAGGAGGGAAUCAUCAAGGUUCCAUCGACUGGUGUCCCUUUGAAGAGUGAAGAUGAAGGUCGAAGUGAGGAGAGACGAGGGGCGGAGCCACCAAACAGCAACAGCUCAAGUGAUGGAGACCACUGUGGAGGAUCACGAACAGACGAUGAUGAUGAUGUUGAUGAUGAACAGUUGGAAGGUGAUAUGACAUGUCACACUGCCAAUAAAUGCUGGAAAUGUUCUAAAUGUAGGAAAACCUUUGCUUAUAAGAGGAAUUUCAAACGACACAUGAAAAUACACACUGGUGAGAAACAUUUUGCAUGCUCAAUUUGUGGGCAAAGAUUCUCUCGAAAGGAAAGCUUAAAAAUACACACAAGAACACACACUGGAAACAAGCCAUUUGCCUGCUCAGUUUGUGGUCAAACUUUUUCUCAGAAGGGAACCUUAAAAAGUCACACAAAAACGCACACCGGAGAGAAGCGUUUUGGCUGCUCAGUUUGUGGGCAAAGAUUCUCCCGAAAGGAAAGCUUAAAAAUACACACAAGAACACACACUGGAGAGAAGCCCUUUGCAUGCUCAGUUUGUGGUCAAAGAUUCUCUCACAAGGGACAUUUGACAGGUCACGCAAGAACACACACUGGAGAGAAGCCUUUUGCCUGCUCAGUUUGUGGUCAAAGGUUCUCUCAAAGGGGACAUUUGACAAGCCACACAAGAACACACACUGGAGAGAAGCCCUUUGCAUGCUCAGUUUGUGGUCAAAGAUUCUCUGAAAAGGGACAUUUGACAAAUCACACAAGAACACACACUGGAGAGAAGCCCUUUGCAUGCUCAGUUUGUGGGGAAAGGUUCUCUCGAAAGGGAACCUUAAAAAUACACACAAGAACACACACUGGUGAGAAACCUUUUGCAUGCUCAGUUUGUGGUCAAAGAUUCUCCCUAAAGGAAAGCUUAAAAAUACACGCAAGAACACACACUGGUGAGAAACCUUUUGCCUGCUCAGUUUGUGGUCAAAGGUUCUCUCACAAGGGACAUUUGACACGUCACGCAAGAACACACACUGGUGAGAAGCCUUUUGCAUGCCCAGUUUGUGGUCAAAGAUUCUCUCAGAAGGGAACCUUAACAAUACACACAAGAACACACACUGGAGAGAAACCUUUUGCAUGCUCAGUUUGUGGUCAAAGAUUCUCCCAAAAGGAAAACUUAAAAAUACACACAAGAACCCACACUGGUGAGAAACCUUUUGCAUGCUCAGUUUGUGGUCAAAGAUUCUCCCUGAAGAAAAGCUUAAAAAUACACUCAAGAACACACACUGGUGAGAAACCUUUUGGAUGCUCAGUUUGUGGUCAAAGAUUCUCCAUAAAGAAAAGCUUAAAAAUACACACAAGAACCCACACUGGUGAGAAACCUUUUUCUUGCUCAGGUUGUGGUCAAAGAUUCUCUCGUAAGGAUCCGUUUAAGACACACAAGUGUCCUGGUGAGAAAAGCAGUGAUCAAGAAGCUUUUAAUGCAAAUGUAAAUGUUUAAUAUAAAAGUAAUUACUAUGUUACUGACAGAAAUCGACAUGCUUGUAUUCUGUGUACCAGCUUUUAUUGUAUGUAUCUUCACUGUGGAGGAUCACAAACAGACGGUGAUGAUGAUGAUGAUGAACAGUUGGAAGGUGAUAUGACAUGUCACACUGCCAAUAAAUGCUGGAAAUGUUCUAAA